UGUGUAUACUGCUCUGCACAGAUGUAUUAUAUGUAUAAUAGUAAAAUGGUGGUUGUCAUUAUAGAUGUCCAUAAAUAUUAGCAAACCAAUCACAACUUAAAUUCAGUUGUUCCAUCUUUGCUUUUGACAUUUUCUCUCUCACUUUCAAUCUUCUGAAAAAGCUCCAACAAAAAAAAAUGGUGAAUCUUACUAAUCGACAACCACCAAAACCACCACCACCACCAUCAUUCGGACCCAUUACUACUCAGUUAUCAAGAAAUUUCAUUCAAAGACUAACCAGAAGUCAACCAGUACGUAUUAGACCACCACCACCACCACCGCCAUGGUCACACCUUUCACUGCGGCCACGGUCAUUACCACCGCCGCCACCACCACCACCAUCAACACCGUUUGGGCCGAUUCUUCCUCUACGGCAUUUAAUAAUAAGUAGAAGAAAAAGAAAAAUGUACCACAAAUACAUGUUGACCUGGUACUUGCUCACCGUCAUAAUGCGCCAAAAACUCCAAACCCGAAACCAGAAACCCGAAGAGACACGAGAAGAAUGGGUGAUUUCGAUCAAAGACAGGAUGGAUCAAGCACUUAGAGACGACUCGACAACUAGCUGGGACAAGCUCUGUAUCUAUAGAGUUCCACAAUACCUUCAAGAAAACGACAAGAAGUCUUAUUUCCCACAAACCGUCUCGCUUGGUCCGUACCACCAUGGCCAGGAACAUCUAGUGCCCAUGGAACAUCACAAAUGGCGUGCGGUCAAUAUGGUGAUGAAACGCACCAAGCACCGCAUCGAAAUGUAUAUUGACGCCAUGAAAGAGCUUGAGGAGAAGGCUCGUGCUUGUUACGAAGGUCCCAUUGGUUUGAGCAGUAACAAGUUCACAGAAAUGCUGGUUCUUGAUGGUUGUUUUGUUCUUGAACUCUUUAGAGGAGCCAAUAACGAUAGAGGAUUCUUGGAGCUCGGAUAUGGUCGUAACGAUCCGGUCUUCGCGAUGCGAGGAUCAAUGCAUUCAAUUCAACGUGACAUGGUAAUGUUGGAAAAUCAACUUCCUUUGUUUGUACUCAACCGGUUAUUAGAGCUACAACUUGGUACAGAAAACCAAACCGGUUUAGUGGCGCAAUUAGCAAUUCGGUUCUUCAACCCGCUAAUGCCAACCGAUAAAUUAUCAACCGAAACCGACCAGCUAAAAAUCGAGGACGCACUAGAAAACGGCAAUUUUUUUAACCCUAUUGCUGACAAGGAAAAGGAAGAGCUACAUUGUUUGGAUGUUUUCCGUCGAAGUUUGCUUCGGCCUAGUCUAAAACCGGAGCCAAGGUUAUCACGAACCAGAUGGUCGUGGAAAAGACGUGUGGCGGACAAGCGCCAACAACAACUAAUACACUGCGUGACAGAACUUAGAGAGGCUGGUAUUCAAUUCAAGAUAAGAAAAACCGACCGGUUUUGGGAUAUUAGGUUCAAAAACGGUUACCUGGAGAUACCCAAACUACUUAUCCAUGACGGUACCAAAUCUCUCUUCUCGAAUCUUAUAGCUUUUGAGCAAUGCCAUAUCGACUCAAACAACGACAUAACAUCCUACAUAAUCUUCAUGGACAAUUUAAUAGAUUCUGCCGAGGAUGUUAGAUAUUUGCAUUACUGUGGUAUUAUCGAGCACUGGUUAGGAAGUGAUUCUGAAGUUGCUGAUUUGUUCAACCGGCUAUGUCAAGAAGUGGCUUUUGACCUUCAAAAUAGUUAUUUAUCUGAAUUGUCCAAUAAGGUUGACCGUAACUACAGCCGGAAGUGGAAUGCUAUGAAAGCGAUCUUGAAACACAAGUACUUCAAUAAUCCUUGGGCAUAUUUCUCUUUUUUUGCAGCAGUUAUUCUUCUGAUUCUCACAUUAUUUCAGAGCUUUUUUACUGCUUAUGCUUAUUUCAAACCACCUUAGUUUUCUUUUCUUUUUUGCUAAAAACCAC